AUGGUGAAACUUACCGAAGUAGAUUUGGUGAGAUGCGUCCUUCUCGGUGAUGAGGACUCCAGCAAAGAAAUGAUGAUGAAAAAAUAUGCCGCUUAUUCAGGAGUGCCUUAUAAUUCUGAGAUCCUCGACACGGUCAUCGAACGUAUUCGCGGUGUGCCCUUCGUCCUUGUUGGGACUCAAAUCGAAAAAAGGCUUUCAAUGUUGAUCGAGAACUACGGUUGUGGAGAGGUCAAAUACAUGCCAAUGACGUUGAAUCAAGCCGAGACGUUCGCAAAACGAAUUGGCGCCAGCAAGUAUUUCGAGUGUUCGGAGGUCACCGGGGUAAGUUGCGAGCUG